CUGGUCGUAAAUAAUGUUAUGUUUGCCAACAAAAUCUGUAUCGUCCGUGGCCCUGUUUCGGUGAGGGCCCUGUUUCGGUGGUUUCGCCGUUUGUGCUCAAUAUUCUCAAAAUUUGGACAUGGCAUUGCAAAUAAAGAUUUUAUGCUGCUGAAUUGACUUUAUGUUUUGGUAUGCCGCGACUUCGUCAGUUCAAGUUUCUGGCAUUUAUACUGGUUGCUGCAGGGGCAGGAAUAUUUCUUCUUAAUCACAUUGUGGGAAAUAUUCACAAGUCAGAAUCACAUAAAACUGGGAAAUGGAGAAUAAAGGCCCGUCAACACUGGAAAAGUAAUCUUCCUGAACCCCCUGAUGACUUUGAACAGAGUGAGGAGGGAAAUGGCUAUAAUCCAGAUUAUUUAUUCAAGCUAGGUCGAAUCCUGACACCCACUGAUCAAAAGAAGCAUAAUGAAGGUUAUCACAGACAUGCCUUCAACACUUUGAUCAGUGAUAAACUGGCUUUCGACAGACCAAUACCAGACAAGAGAAAUCCACUGUGCCACAGUAAAGUCUACCCGUCCCAGUUACCGAAGGCUAGUGUUGUCAUCUGCUUCAUAGAGGAAGCUUUGUCGACGUUACUGCGGACAGUUCACAGUGUACUCAACCGAACCCCGAGUCACCUUCUUCACGAGAUUAUUUUAGUGGAUGAUUUUAGUGAAUCGGAAGAGUUAAAAAGUACUUUGGCCAAGAGUCUGAAGAAUUUACCCAAAGUCAAACUUCUCCGUGAGUCAUUUCGCCAGGGACUCAUACGAGCUCGCAUCACUGGAGCGUCUCAAGCAACAGGGGAGGUUAUUGUGUUCUUAGACAGUCACUGUGAGGUGAACAAACAAUGGCUGGAGCCGCUGUUGGCGAGAAUCGCCGAAGACAGGAAGAAUGUGGUCGUGCCCGUCAUCGACAUCAUCAACCCCGACACUUUCCUCUACGAAACAUCCAUGCUCGUCCGAGGGGGCUUCAACUGGGGUAUGCAUUAUCGCUGGGACCCUCUGCCCAAGAAGAUCACCGAAAAUCUGUCUCUUCAAGUGGAACCUUUUAUAACACCCACCAUGGCUGGGGGAUUAUUCGCUAUGGACAGAGAAUAUUUCCACUCUCUUGGAGAAUAUGACCCCGGUUUAGAGGUUUGGGGCGGAGAGAAUUUGGAAAUAUCAUUUAGGAUAUGGCAAUGUGGAGGUAGGUUGGAGAUUGUUCCCUGUUCACACGUUGGUCAUAUAUUCCGCAAGAGACGGCCGUACGGGUCACCACUGGGUGAAACAUUUGUUAAAAACUCACUCAGAGUUGCUCUUGUGUGGAUGGAUGAUUAUAUCAAAUAUUUUUACAAAAUACGUCCUGAUGCUAAGGAUAUUGACCCAGGGGACAUCAGCUCAAGAAAAGAGUUACGAGAACGUCUUCAGUGCAAAUCUUUUAAAUGGUAUCUGGAAAAUAUCUACCCUGAACAGAUAUUUCCCGACAGUAAACCAGUUGUGACAAACAAGCAGAGAUUUCCAGUGGUGCAUGAUGUCACUGUGAAAAGAAAGGGUCAGUUAAAGCAUCUUGCAUCUGGUCUGUGUGUUGAAUCAGAGAGUGCCGUCUAUGACAAACGAGCCAUGGUACAUCUAGCCAUUUGUAAAUCACCAUCGGAAAGCAAAGAACAGACCUGGUACGAGACUGACGAGAAAGAUUUGCGGCUGUCAAACCUCCUGUGCCUUGAUGCCACUGAAGACAACCACUCUGCGAUGUAUGCCAGACUGAUGAAGUGUGGAGGAUUUGGCUCUCAGAUGUGGGACUGGACCACGCAGUCUGGUAUUCAUCAGCUGUACAACCCAGCCAGUGGGAAGUGUCUGUCGAGCACCGGGGUUGAACCAGGAGCGUUCCUCAAACUGGUCAUGUGCUCAGAACACCAGCUGCUCAACUUCCAAAUGAUGUAGUCUAUUGGCUAAGACUCCAGAUAGACCGUCAUCUUUAUAUAUUUUUAUAUCAUCUGUCACCUCUUAAAGCUUCUUGGUUAUUUAUUUCUGCCAAUACUUAUAAGCAAAAUCUAAAAGGAAAUAGCAGGUAUGUGGCACGUGAUUGACUAUUGAAAAACAUCUGUUGCCAAUAAGAAGACAAGUACUGGUAUGUGAAACUGGAUAGCAAAAGAAGUUUGAAGAUUAAGGCUGUCUGAACAGGAAGGAAAAUGAAAGAAAAACCUGGUAGAGGGGAAUAUUAUUCAGCUGUUUAAUUAAUGAGAUUAUGUAACAGUAUAUUUAUCGGCGGCCGUUUUCAAAAAAAAUAUUUUGAAGCGUUGUUUAUAUUUUAUUGUAAGACAGAUAAGAGAGGAUGAUAAUCUAAAGUGUAUUGAAUUGCUAGUUAACAUCAAUAAUGUGUUUGCACCUGUUCUUGAAAAUAGUCUUUGGUAAUGACACAGUGAUAUUAAUGAAUCUCAAGCUUCGCUGAAAUCCAAUUAUUCUGCAGCUGACAAUAUGUAUAUAUAUUGUUUCUAUUUCAACCUUUUAUAAGCCUGUAUAACAGUAAGUACUUGCUACUGUUUGUUGAUUUGACGUGGUUGAGCAAAUAAUCGGGUAUCAUUUCAUCAACGUUUUUAAGUGCCUAAGAACAUCAAAUGAACUAUAAUAUUGAAACCCAUCUACAUCAAGGGAUGACAGCCACAACUAGUUACACCCACUUUUUGUGAAAAUGAGAGUAGUCCACUCUCACAUUUUUCUGCUUUAAAAAAAAAAAAAAAGAUAAAUUUUGCUAUUAUUA